AUGUCCGAUAUUAACACAACUCUCCUCAACUCAAUUCAAAAGAUUGAGGUUGAUCUUGCUGAAAUCAAGCAAGCAUUGCGCGAGCUUCAAAGGCAAUUCAGCAAUCAAUUUGCGCCAGCAGUCAGUGCGGAAGAUCUAACUACAAUGCAACAAAGCAUUAUUGAGCAGAGUUCUCUUGAGCGCAUUGCCGAGUCUGUGAAAAGAGCCCAGCUCACAGAGUACCCUGAUCAGCUCGGUAAGCGAGUAAUCAAUACUGGCGGCGAGUUCAAAGGAAAAAACGAAGCACAAAAAUACAAUCUGUUGCUUCAGAUUCUUCACGAGCAGGACUGGAAGGCGCGCUGCAAAGAAGUUCCACAAGGGCAGCCUUUGCCCCCAUUAGUCCCUCUUUCAGACCAUGAUUUGACAGUAAAAAGACUGCAUCUCAAAACAUUAGGCCGUACGGUAAAGCAUGAUAUCAUUGACAAAGACUAUCCUGCGGCCUCAAAAGAAUGGAAGAAUAUCCCAGAGAAAAACCGGGAAUACUACAUGAUGCAUUUGGAGAGGUUGGCGAAGAAUGGUGGAUUGCACAUCCACCAAUGUAAAAGAAUGUGGUGUGCAAGAAGCCUUCUUCAGGAAAGCUUCAAGAGCGACAACCAGACGCACAAGAGAAGAAUGGCAGAGAAGAACAAAACACAGCAAGACAUAAGUGAUUCUUCGCUUUCUUCUCCUGAUAUGUCAGAAACUGGUGAUGUUGAGUCGCCCAUAAUGGCAGAUGUGCUGUCUCCUCCACCCACAGCAAGUGUCGAGCCUGCUCGCAAGAGAAGCCGAAGAUCAGUAAAUGCUUAUUUUACUGAACAAGUAAGCAUAUUAUAUAAAGAAAUCGACCAUUCUGUUAAAGCUGCAAAGGAAAAACAAGAGGUUGUGCUAGAAUUGAAAGCAAUAGAACAAAAGAAAGAAUACACUAGCGUUUUAUUUUCUUCUGAUGCAUCUUCUUCACAAUGGUCAUCCGGAUUAGUGAAGAUCAUAUUGCCAAAAAUACUCUCUAUAGUUAAACACGGCUAUCAACAUAGUGAACGUUCCUCUCACGAACAUGCCGUAGAUCAAGAGUCUUUAUCCCAUGCUACUGACAUUGCAAUGAUAAAUGCUAUAUUAGCUCUUGAAAAGUACUUCUUGGCUUACAAAUGUAUUCUCUUGAUUUAUAAAGUAAUUGAGGGAGCAUGCUAUGGAUAA